AUGACGGUUGCGCGGCCAGUUCGGGCGUUGAUCGCCGGCGGGUGCAUUCUCUGGUGUUUCUUUCUAUGGCAGAUAUUUGCUCCAUCAUGGUCGCUAAGAGGUCCCGGUGACCGCUACUCCAAUUUCGAGCGGGAUCCCAUGUUGGAUCCUACCGAUGAACCAGAAGGAGUGUUACAUCGUACGAGCCCGAGAUAUGCCCACGAUGCGAAAAAGACGGAGCGCAUCGAUGCGACGCUAUUAGCGCUUGUGCGGAAUGAGGAGGUGGAUGCGAUGGUCAUGUCGAUGAGGGAUCUCGAAAGGACCUGGAACUCCAAGUUUAACUACCCCUGGACGUUUUUCAACGAUAAGCCUUUCACGGAAGAGUUCAAGAGGAAGACAAGAGCCGCUACGAAGGCGAAAUGUAACUACGAAAUCAUCCCCAAGGAGCAUUGGGACAUGCCCUCUUGGAUCGACGAAGAGCUCUUUCAAGAAUCCGCCAAGAUCCUCGAAAAGAACGGUGUCCAAUAUGCAAGCAAAAUAUCAUACCACCAAAUGUGUCGAUGGAAUAGCGGUCUCUUCUACAAGCAUCCAGCCCUGAAAGACAUUCGCUACUACUGGCGUGUCGAGCCUAACGUGCACUUCUUCUGCGAUGUUGACUACGAUGUUUUCCGCUACAUGCACGAUAACAACAAGACAUACGGCUUCACCAUCAACCUCUAUGACGAUCCCAAAACCUUGCCUUCGUUGUGGCCCGAGACAGUCAAGUUUCUCGCUGAGCAUCCUAAUGCAAUCCACGAGAACAGCGCUGUAGCUUGGGUCACCGAUGAUAUUCGUCGGCCUUCAACAAAUAGAAAGGCUCAGGGAUAUUCGACGUGCCAUUUCUGGAGUAAUUUUGAGAUUGCGGAUAUGUCAUUUUGGAGGAGCAAAACUUACGAGGACUACUUCAACCACCUCGAUAGCGCGGGCGGAUUCUUCUAUGAACGAUGGGGUGAUGCUCCAGUCCACAGUAUUGCCCUUGGUCUAUUUGAAGACCAGAGCAAGAUUCAUUGGUUCGUACUCAACCUUUCUCCCACAUGCAGGAGAUUAACAAAACAUGGCAGGUUCCGUGAUAUUGGAUAUCAACACAUCCCCUUCUUCAACUGUCCCAACUCACCAAAGUGUAAAGGCUGUGUCACUGGCCGUCUCACCGAUGGUGAGGCCUGGCUGCAUCGAGAAGACUGUCGACCCAACUGGUUUAAGUACGCCGGUAUGGGCUAA